CAGAUGAAUAUCUUUAUAGAAUCUGCUAGUGUGACAUUCUGGCAGUAUGCGUGCACAAAGGUCAACUACGCUAAGUCGGAGGAUAUCAAAAUUUCUUCAUAAAACGAGUUGAACGCAAAGUACUGUUCGCGAGUUUUAAUUACCUACAUGCAGUGUUUGCUAUACGUUUGUGCAAGCAGCUAGUGUUUAUGUACCAGCAUGGAUUUGAAGAGAAAGUUGCCAAUUCUAAUUUGGGCGGCAGUGAUAUUUUGCAUUAAGGCCCAAAGUAUUAGUGAUUCAUCAAAUGCUUUUGCCAUCGAUUUAUUAGCGGCUACCAGUAGAGAACCGAGAGGUCCACGAAAUUUAGCAUUAUCUCCAUAUACAGUGUGGACACUUCUCUCAAUCAUUGAUGAAGGAGCAAGGGAUAAAACGGCUAAACAAAUGGAAAACGUUCUCAGGAUACCAAGUUUUCCCAACAAAGUUAUGUUUAGAAACAAUUUCAAAAACUUGUCAUCCCUGUUAUCGGAAAAAGAUGAAGGGGUGAACUUGGACAUCUACAACUCUAUCUUUACAACAAAAGCUCAGCAACUAAAAACCGACUUCCGUGAUAUUGCCCAAAAAGAUUACGGAGUUAAAAUAGAACCUACAGACUUUUCGGACACCAGAAGCGCUAGUGAUAGAAUCAACAAGUAUGUGGCUAGCGCAACAAAAAAUAGAAUACGAAAUUUCAUUCGACCAGAUGAUCUACUUGACGCUGAAAUUUUUAUUGUCAGUGCAAUGUAUUUCAAAGGCACAUGGAUGAACCCUUUCAAUCGAUCUGAAACCCGCCGUGAUACAUUUUAUGAUGAGAAACAAAACAAAUUAGGAGAAGUUGAUAUGAUGUCCCAAACAGGAUUCUUUCCUUAUUCGAGACUGGAAUGGAUUAGAGGUUACGCCAUUGAACUACCCUACGGAAAGGGUGACAAAAUGUCUAUGAUUGUAAUUUUGCCUUACAAAGAUCAGACGCUAACGAAUAUGCUCAAUUCAAUGGCUGAGAACCCUUUUAGUAAAAUAAUUGAUAGGCUUAACAAAGCCAAAGAAGAUUUUGAGGGUGAAGAUGUUAAAGUGUAUUUGCCUCGAUUCACUGUCAAGUCAGACUUGAUACUCAACACUGUACUUGAAAAGAUGGGAAUGCCUGAUGUUUUUGAUGCCAGUCAAGCAAAUCUGCUUGGCAUGUUCCCUCACUACUUAUAUAUCUCUCGAUUACUUCAAAGAGCCGAAAUACAAGUAAAUGAAGAAGGAACCGUAGCAUCUGCUGCUUCUGGCGCAUCCAUUGUGAAUAAGGCUCCACCUCCAAAAUUUGUAGCCAACAAACCCUUUUUGUACUUUAUUGUAAAUAAACCAACCAAAAGUAUUGUGUUUGCGGGAAAAGUCAGCGUCCCCCCAUGAAAACCAAUCAAGAGAUAAAUAAAAUAUUUUUAUUCGUUUAUAUCGGUAUAAAAUAUAAAUCACAGUAUAGACUUCAGUCCAUGUUCUCAAAUACGAAAAAACAUGUGAUUUACUACAUUAAAUUAUUGUAAAAUAUAUUCUUUAUAGUUUC